UGUUCCGAAGCCAUUAGUUUUAUACCAGAAGCUCGAGCAGGACAUGUGUCAAUAAUAAUUGGAGAUCUAUUAUAUUUUAUGGGAGGCUCUCGUUUUAUUCCACCCACAAAUCCAAUUAAGAGCUCAAUAAGAAUGUAUAAUUUAUCAGAUGAGGUUUUUUAUCUAAAUCUUUCAUCUCAAUUUUCCACUGGUAGCCCGCCAUAUGUUGACCUUACAAGUACUCCUGCACGAAUGAAAUAUGCAAGUGAAAAAGGCACCGUGGUACUCGGAGGUGCUAGUAAAGAAAAUGCGUAUCUGAUUGGAGGUGUACAACAGAAUCUUACGAUUCUUAAUGAAAUUGAUCAUAAUGCAACUAUAACUUCGAAUCAAACAUUGAUGAUAAAUGAAAUUAGUAAAACAUACAAUGCGACUGAUCAAUUCGUUUUUUUCUAUCAGUCACAUGCAAAAUCAUGGUCGUAUCCUUUGAAUCAAAAAGGAACGCCGCCGUCUAGACGAAGAUCAACUUCAACUACUGACCCUGGAAAGGAUUCAGACUUAAUAGAUAUGAAUGAGUAUACAAAUCAAUCAAUCCGUAUUCAACCUCGAUUAGCUCACACUGCAACCUUAACACCAGACAAUAAUGAAAUUAUUAUAAUAGGGGGGAAUUCAAGUAAUAUUACUAAUGAUUUAGUGCCACCAGUUGACCUCAACCCUCUAAUUUAUAUAUUAGAUAUUCCAUGCAAAACAUGGGUAACUACCUUUACACCUGGAAAAUCAAUCUGUAGUAUUGAAUCUAAUAGUAGCAACGGAUUAAAUAUUGGCGAAGUCGUUGGUAUUACUAUUGCUG